AUGGCCACAAUUAACACGCUACAUCACCUUGCCUCCAUCCCUCCCAUCCACAUCUACCUCCAAAGACUCAACACAAACACUGCCACCAAAUUGAGAGCUCUGCCCAGACAUGCGGAAAUUAGCUGUUGCCUCCCUAAGGCCUGGGACUCCCAUGAUCCCACCUUGCCACACCCCCCCAAGCCCAAACGCUGCCAGACAGCUGUCCCAUCUCCCAUAGGCCAACUAGCAGCACUGUCACACCCAGAAGCUGAAUUCCAAACUCCAUACCUCAACCCCCCCUGGGUCCUUGAAAACCCCUUCCCUGGCAGACUACAGUUUGCCUACCCCCCUGCUGGCUCCUCAAAAGAUUGCCAAGCAAAGAUUGCAGAGAACACCAAUUGCCUGAUCAAUGCACUUGCACACAAGGGAACCCUGAUUGGCUUCUCUGACAGUUCAAAAGAGGUCUGCUCAGGAGUCCAGAAAGUAGGAGUUGGAUACAGCAUUGUAUGGAAGAAAGAGGAGGUUGCCAAAUUCAGUGGCAGCAUUGGCCCUUGCGCCAACAUAUUUGAUGCCAAAAUGCUUGCCCUUGCACUCAUUGUCUGCAGAUGCACAUGGUUUGCAAAGUCACACAAUAUUCACAGAAUCCACAUCUUCUUGGACAACCUAGCUGCCAUACGCAUUAUCAACAAAUGUAACCCCCACACUGCCCAAUAUGCUUCAAUACUGUUCCAAAAAGAGGCCCACACAUUCCUUCAAGGCAAUGCAAGGAGGUCAAUUGUGGUCCAAUGGAUCCUGGGCCACUCCAAAAUCAAAGGCAACAAACGCACAGACAGAUUGGCUAAUGCAGGACUUAACUCCUGCCCUACACCAUUCUUUAACUGGACUGCAACCUGGGCCAAAUGCUGUGCCACCCAAUGCACAGCCAAGUCAUGGGGACACUUAUGGGCAGAACACCCCCACUCCAAAACAGUCCAAAAGCACAUCCCACAUCCCCCAGCACUCAAAUUGCACCCAAUAUUCCAAAACCCCAGCAUCCCUCAAUUGGUGUCCUCCCAGCUCAUCCAUGUUAUGACAUGUCCUAGAUGUCUGUAA